UCAUUUUCCUGACUUUUCCCGGUUCCCGCAAUUUUCUUAGCAACCAAACAAAAAUUUACCAACUCGUUUACCAAUAUCAAACGGUUUUUCAAAUGAUUCAAAGUCGAUAUCAAACUCUAUAACCUCAAAAUAAAACAAAACUGUGAGAUUAGAAGCUUCAAACUGCUACAAUUGCUAAGUAUUGCAGGCCAUUUUUCCGGUAGGCACUGCCGCCAUAUGUGGACAUCAUUGAUUGCUGGUGACUCUUAGAAUCAAAAUGUUCGAAAAUUCAUUCUAACACUCUGAUUAGAUCCCUAUGAAUCAAACACAAAAUGUCUAUUCUGAGUUUCCUCUCCUCUCCUGCUUCCUCCUUUUCACCUAUGGAGUAAUCAAUCACAUCAAAACCCUAAACUUGUCAACUGUGUUACGGAUGAGAAAUUCGACUAUUGCGAACCUUAAUGGUGUUUUUGUUCAAAUUCAGAGUAACAUUGAGGCAGGUUCUUUUUUUUUUUUUCCUUCUCUUUCUGUUCUUCUUAAAAUUAUGUAUGCCUAGAAGGGAGAGAUACAGUGUUUGAUUCAUGGACUAGAGAAAGAAAAGGGAAUUGCAAAAGAUAGAAAUUUUCUUUACAACAAGUUUGGGUUCAAUAGAUCACACAAGAAAAUGUCAAAGAAAUACUCUUGAAGGUGAAUAGGCCUUGCUUUACCCAUUUUACAGUUUCAAGUCAAUUGUCUUGACAACAUUUUUGACCUCACUUGGGAAACUUUUAUGUAUGUAUCUGUCCACAUCCCACUUUACAAAAUUUACUUCAUCCAUUUGAUUAUUUUAGUCAUGCAGUAGGAGACCUAUUCUCAAGCUAUUCUUUGAACAACUAAACUAUAUAAAUGAAUGAAAAGAUCAGUUUCCAACACAAGUUGCAAAUUCACCACCUCCAAAACAGGGAAAAAAGUGUCCCAUCUCUUCUGCAAUAUUAGUUUUGGAAAUGGAAUCUGAAUAUGUAAUAGGAGGAAUCAUGGCUUUUCUGUUGGGGUUCAUAUUUUUUUAUAAAUCAGCAGGAAGGAGAAAAAUUGCCAUUUCAAGGGAAGUUGUGAAAUGUGAAACGUUGAAGUCUUCUGAAAAUGGAGUAAAGCAGGCAGAGAAACCUGCAUAUUCAGAUAUAAUUAUUGUUGGAGCUGGUGUGGCUGGUUCUGCUCUUGCUUAUACUCUUGGCAAGGAUGGAAGAAGAGUACAUGUAAUUGAAAGAGACUUGACUGAGCCUGAUAGAAUUGUUGGAGAACUCCUACAACCAGGUGGCUACCUCAAACUAAUGGAGUUGGGCCUUCAAGAUUGUGUGGAAGAUAUUGAUGCUCAACAAGUAUUUGGAUAUGCUCUGUACAAAGGUGGGAGAAGUACUAAACUUUCCUAUCCCUUGGAAGGACUUGAUUCAAAUGUGUGUGGAAGAAGCUUUCAUAAUGGACGUUUCAUUCAAAGGAUGCGGGAAAAAGCUGCCUCUCUACCUAAUGUAAGAUUGGAAGAAGGAACUGUCACAUCCUUACUUGAAGUAAAGGGAACAAUCAAGGGUGUGCAAUACAAGACAAGGACUGGUCAAGAACUUACAGCUUGUGCACCACUCACAAUAGUUUGUGAUGGUUGUUUUUCAAACUUGCGACGUUCUCUUUGCAACCCCAAGGUUGAUAUUCCCUCCUGUUUUGUUGCUUUGAUAUUAGAGAAUUGUGAGCUUCCAUAUCCAAAUCAUGGGCAUGUCAUUUUGGCAGACCCUUCACCAAUCCUGUUUUAUCGAAUCAGUAGCUUAGAAAUUCGUUGUUUGGUUGACAUUCCUGCUUGCCAUCAAAUGCCUUCUAUUUCAAAUGGUGAAAUGACCAACUAUUUAAAAUCCAAGGUGGCUCCCCAGGUAUUCAAAGUUUCUUUAAUUACUGGGCUAAUAUAUUAUUUUCUUUUUUCGAUUUCUGAUUCCAAAGACUUAACAAUUUUUUGCAUGUUUCAGAUUCCACCUGAACUAUUUGACGCCUUCAUUUCUGCGAUUAACAAAGGAAACAUAAGAACAAUGCCUAAUAGAAGCAUGCCUGCAGCUCCUCAUCCCACUCCAGGUGCUCUUCUCUUAGGCGAUGCGUUCAAUAUGAGGCAUCCUUUAACUGGAGGGGGAAUGACUGUGGCACUCUCCGAUAUAGUUGUCCUAAGAAAUCUUCUCAGACCUCUAUGUGAUUUUAGUGAUGCCAAAGCCCUUUGUGAAUAUCUUAAAUCGUUUUACACUCUUCGCAAGCCAGUGGCAUCUACAAUAAAUACAUUAGCAGGAGCCUUAUACAAGGUAUUUAGUACAUCUCAUGAUCCAGCACAGAAAGAAAUGCGUGAAGCAUGUUUUGACUAUUUAAGCCUUGGAGGUGUAUUUUCGAAUGGGCCAAUAGCUUUACUAUCAGGUCUUAACCCUCGCCCAUUAAACUUGGUCAUACAUUUUUUUGCUGUGGCUAUUUAUGGAGUUGGCCGCUUGAUAUUUCCAUUGCCAUCGGCUAAGCGCAUGUGGAUGGGUGCUAGAAUGAUCUCAGUUGCAUUAGGGAUAAUAUUUCCAAUAAUAAGGGAUGAAGGAGCUCAGCAGAUGUUCUUCCCCAGAACCAUACCAGCAUUUUGCAGAUCUCUUGUUGUUUGAAUGCAAGAAACAGAAGGAGCAAUAGUAAUGAAACUUGGCAGCUUUGCACUUCUUUUAUUAAGUGAAUGAACUAACAAUUUUUGGGUUAGUUUUAAAGUAGGGUUAAUUGCUUAAAUUUUAUAAUUUUUUGUAAUUUUAUUAUAUAUUUUAAAAAUAAUUAAUUUAA